AUGCUGAAUGCCUCCUCCCUGCAAUACCUCCGGCUAGAAACCCUGGACCUCUCUUCUGCACAGCAGUACCUGACGUUCACGUUCAGUAUCAUCAUCUAUCUCCUCACUGUCACGUUCAACAUGUUGGUGUUCAUGACCAUCGUGUUCACGAAAAAGCUGCACAAGCCGAUGUUUCUCCUGCUGCUCAACUUGCCCAUCAGCGACACGAUCGGCGCCACGGCCUUCUUCCCCAAUUUUCUGUCGGUGAUCGCGACCCGGAGCAGCCUGAUCACUUACCAGGCCUGCGUCACGCAAGCAUUUAUGAUUCACUUCUACGGUACCGCCAGCUCGUUGAUCUUAAGCGCCAUGGCUUACGACCGCUACGUCGCCAUCUGUAGCCCUUUACAAUACAACACUGUCAUGAGUCCUCAUAGUCUCAUCCGACUUGUUGUUGCUGUCUGGCUUGUCAGUUUGCUGCUCAUCGGGACAUUGUUUAUUCUUUUGGGCCGACUGACACUUUGCAGGAGGGACAUUGUGGAUUUGUACUGCAACAACCCGUCUCUACUGAAACUAGCAUGCGAGGACACGUCGGUCAACAAUUAUUACGGCCUGUUUUUCAUAGUCAUCUUACAGGGAGGGCCUCUGCUGUUAAUAACCGUCACAUAUGCACAGAUUCUGCGCACGUGCGUCUCCAGUAACAGCUCGUCCUCCCGCAGGAAAGCCCUGCAGACCUGUGGCUCCCAUCUGGUUGUUUUUCUGAUUCUGGAAAUCAACACUUUAGUCACACUUCUCGCUCACCGCAUAGGAAGCGCCUCAGCCGUGAUGAGAAGAUUUUUAGGGGUGUCGGUGGUAACGUUCCCCCCACUUCUGGAUCCCAUUUUAUAUGGCCUGAAAAUCACAGAACUAAAAGAGUGUAUUGCAAUGUUCCUCAAAAAGAAUUUCGUGAAAAGGAAAGUACGGAGGAAUAAUGGGUGA